AGAGAGAGAGAGAGAAAGGCGGGGCCUGGCGGGUCUAAAUUAUUCAAUACAUACACCUUGAUAACACCUUUCACAACCAUGUUAUUUUUGCUGAGACGUCCGCCACGCCGAGACAUGCUGCUGUCGCUCGCCCUGCCGUGCAUCGCCCUGACCGCGCUGGCCCUUGCCGCCCCGCUGGCGGAGGACCGCUCCCCAUCGCCACGACAGAAGGUGCUGCUCAUCUCCUUCGACGGCUUCCGCUGGGACUACGACCGCGACGUGGACACGCCGAACCUGGACGCCAUGGCCCGGGAUGGCGUCAAGGCGCAGUACGUCACGCCGCCAUACCUGACCAUCACCAGCCCCACACACUUCACACUGCUGACAGGGCUCUACAUCGAGAACCAUGGGGUGAUCCACAACAUGUGGUUCAACACCUCCACCUCCGAGAAGAAGGGCUACUACCCAACCCAGUUUGUGGACGGUUGGUGGGACAACGGCUCCUUGCCCAUCUGGAUCACAGCCCAGAGACAGGGCCUGAAAGCUGGCUCCCUCCACUUCCCGGGCACAGCAGCCAGUUACCAGGGAGAGGUUGCCAUGGUGAGGGAGGUGGAGCCACGCUUCUACAACUACGGCAACGAGACCGCCUGGCGGGUCAACAUCGACAAGGUGAUGGGCUGGUUCGGCCCCGACGACCUGGACUUCGUAUCGCUGUACUUCGGCGAGCCCGACGGCGUGGGCCACAAGUUCGGGCCCGACUCGCCCCAGAGGAAGACCAUGGUGGCGCAGGUGGACCGCGCGGUGGGCUACCUGCGGGCGUCCGCCGAGCGCCACGGCCUCAGCGACCGCCUGAACGUGAUCAUCACCGCCGACCACGGCAUGACCCAGUUGUUCAAGAAGAGCGAGAUCAAACAGAUCAUACUGUCCAACAUCCCGGGCUUCUCCUACAAGGACUUGGCCUUCCAGCUGUUGGACUACGGGCCCUCAGGCAUGCUGUUGCCGAAGCCCGGCAUGCUGGACAAGGUGUACAACGCGCUGAAGGGCGCACACCCGCACCUCAACGUCUACAAGAAGGAGGAGAUGCCCGCACGGAUGCACUUCUCCAACCACGAGAGGAUCCUGCCCAUCGUACUGUGGGCUGACCAGGGCUACCUCCUCAACGGGUUCUUCCCAGUGCAGGCCAACAAGGGAGAGCACGGCUUCGACAACCACAACCUGGACAUGAAGCCCUUCUUCCGGGCCGUGGGUCCAGUCUUCCGGAAGAACCUGAAGGUGGGGCCCUUCGAGACGGUGCACAUCUACCCCCUGAUGUGCCACAUCCUGGGGAUCCGACCCGAGGUCAACAACGGCCACCUGAACGCGACCCAACACAUGCUGGUCUCCUCUGCGGGCGAGGAUAACCCUGGGGUGAUGAGUACCAUGGAGAUGGCGGUAACCGGUCUGGCGGCGGUGGUCGGGUUCCUGGCCGUUGUCUUCAUCAUCCUGGUGUCGGUUAAAGUCUACAAGAGCAGGAAUGAAGACCGAGGAUCGAACGGCCUCGAUUUGUACAUGGAAAACACAAAUGCCACCACAUUCUGAGCCUUCCUCACAGUUCAUCACCCUCCACAUGCUGAGACUGAGGAGGCCUCGCCUGAAGAUCCCAUAUAAUGCUUUUUUUAGGGUUAAUAAAUGCAUUGGGGGGGGGGGGGGGUGUAGCCUACUACCAAAAUAGGUUUACAUACCUGUAUGUUAGAAAUGCACCUUAUUAUUCUCACACUGUUAAUUUCUGCAAAACCAAUUUCAGCGUCUUUCAAAAACUAGCUGUUUCACGAUUCUUAUUGAGGUGCGUUCCUUUGGGGGGCGCGAAUCCUCCCCCUGGCUCGCGCUCAGAUUGUUUUAGUUUAGCAGAAGUAAAACAUGUAUGUAUACAUACGUCAUAUAACAGUCUUACGCAAAGUGAAAAGUUUAUAAAGCAUGAUAUCACCCCUUUAAUUGCUGUCGCAAGGGCACGCGUGUUUAAUUGCCGGCUGGGUCACGCGCAGUGCUGAUGAAGGGCGCUGUCUCGUCUGGCUGUUGAAACAUCGAAUUAAACUGCUCCUGUGUGUUCUGUGUAUGCAAUUGUCUGUUCCUGUUUAAAGAACAUCUUUUUAAAGAAUGAAUUAAUAAACUUAAUUUUAUUAUUGUGGUUGGCUUUCUUUUUUUAUUAUCCAUCAAUUGAAAAUCGAGCUUGUGUUGUAUGUGUAUGCAAUGUAUCUGUUCCUGAACAUACAUUUUUAAAGAAUAAAUAAAUCAAGUUAAGUUUUUAA